AUGAAAAAGGCGGGUAAAACCUUGGAAGUAGCGCUCGCAGAUAGCUCAGGGACAAUAAAAGCCCUCGUCUACGAUGACCUACUGGCUAACUUUACAGAAGGAGACAUUCUUCUCAUCAGGGGUUUUCAGAAAGGGAAGUCUGCAAGCACUAUAAUGUUGAACAGAAACACCAAGGCACAAAUAUGUCCGCAAAUGACAGUUCCUGAUCAGAUGAUAAAAGAAGCAGAGCUGCUGCUUGCGGACCGACCACCGCCAGACGUAACACCAAUUGAAAACAUCCACGACGGCAAUUUUGUCACCAUACAUGGCACAAUUACACAUGAUGAAGUCCCAAGACAGAUAGACGGAGCAUCUGGACAAACUCAGACGGUGCGCAACAUUUCAGUCCAAGACACUAGCGGAACAGUACAGGUUGCAUUAUGGAAUAAAUCUUCACACAGCCCAGUCAAAACCGGAGACUCCGUUAAAAUAAGCCACCUGACAGCAAAGCAUAACACCUAUCUCCAAGCACUCGCUCUAUCAACAACAUCUCGAACAAGCAUUGAGCCUGAUGUCAAACAGGAACAAGUCAAUAUCGUGACUGUAGAAGACAAUCCAGAUGGCUUUUCAGUGGUAAGCGAGAUCAAUGGCGACCUAGUGACACUCCACAUGUCUAAACUGGUGGCCAUACACAUCUGGAAAACUGCAGAGAACCAACACAUUUUGAAACUCCUCGAAAGUAAAAAAACUUACCACUUUCAGUUAAGAGGUACAUGUAUCACAGACAUUGUCAAAGAUGAUAACAGUGACACAAGUGCACAAACUUCUAAGCGUAAAAGCAAAAGCAACAAGCAAUCCACUGAGUAGUGUGAUAUGCAGGAUAUGAUGCAAGUAAUGUCUAAAUGACUCCUCUACUCAUGAUUGUUUAGCAUCACUAAUCUUACAAAAAGUGUCAUUAAAAGCUAAUCCUCUUAAAAAAACUCUUUCUCACAGCUAUCCAAAACAAAUCAUUACUCUUGAUACAUACAUGUAUUUCAAUAGCUUUUCAAUAAAAAAGAAAACCUUCUGAUUUGACAAAUUUUUCUGUGGCUUUUCACACCAAUUUCAAAACUAAUACUUUUCAUUUUGUACACUCUUAAUGGUCAGUAAAGUGUACAAAUUAAUCAUUUGGGAUAACACUAUUUUUGGGGCAAUUUAUGUUUUUCUCUUUGCUGCCUUGUUCAAUUAUAAAAAGUCAGUUUCCUCAAUCUUAUUGAAACAAUGAUCGUUUUCUCUUUUUGAAAACAAAACCCCCAUUUUUGUUUGACAUCUUAGAUCUUUGCUGUUUUGCUCUACCAUCUACUUAUGGUUGUUUUUUUCACGAAUGCAAGUUUUUACCCUUGUACUUAUUCUGACAGUCAGACAUCACUAACUAUGGACAAAAUUGAAAACUAACACUUUUUACAAUUACACCUUCUCAUAACUCAAUAAACAUUUUUCCAAUUGCAAGGAGUUUCCGUUGUUGAGAAAACUAAUUCAACAAGAUGGUCAAAUAAUACAUAUCAAGCUUUUUGAUAAAUUUCAUUUCAAACCUGUGAAAAACACCAUGGCUUGACGGUAUGGAUUUUUGGAGAAGCCCUGUAGUUAUGUAGUUCUUUAGUUGUUUACAGUUAUUAAGUCAUUAAUUAGAUGCAAAUUAUCAUCAUUCUUUCUUUGACAUAAAUAUUUAUUAGUUCUAAUUCAAUAUGUACUAUGCCGCUCACAACAGACAAUACUGAUUUUUGUUUAGAUCUUCUAACUGAAAAAAUAAUACUUGUACACUGAUUUUAUUGUUUGCCAUACACGUCCAACAAAUCACUUAAACCUACUUUCCACUAAAAUAAAGUUGCAUAAACAGCAAAUAAUCAAGACACACAAAACUACAAAGCUCGGCGAAUAAUGUCAACGGUUCAUUAUGCAUUUUAAUUUUUGAUGUUAAAUGGAUGAUUUUCCUCCUGUUGUUCAGUAUUAAAGUUGUUUUAAAGUUAAAAGUUGGUAUUAAAGUUGAUUUUCCUGUUCUUCUUUAGUAAUAAAGUUGCUUGCAUUUUCUAUAUAAUUGUCAAGUGGUAACCAUUAACAACCCCAUCCUAUAGGCCUAACUGCCAAAACAAGAAGAUGGCAAUUGUUCUGUAAAAAGUAAUUACUGUUACUCCAUGACAAGAUUUGUGCAUGGAGUUUCCGUUGUUGAGAAAACUAAUUCAACAAGAUGGUCAAACAAUACAUAUCAAGCUUUUUGAUAAAUUUCAUUUCAAACCUGUGAAAAACACCAUGGCUUGACGGUAUUGAUUUUUGGAGAAGCCCUGUAUUUAUGUAGUUCUUUAGUUGUUUACAGUUAUUAAGUCAUUAAUUAUAUGCAAAUUAUCAUCAUUCUUUCUUUGACAUAAACAUUUAUUAGUUCUAAUUCAAUAUGUACUAUGCCGCUCACAACAGACAAUACUGAUUUUUUUUAGAUCUUCUAACUGACAAAAUAAUACUUGUACACUGACUUUAUUGUUUGCCAUACACGUCCAACAAAUCACUUAAACCUACUUUCCACUAAAAUAAAGUUGCAUAAACAGCAAAUAAUCAAGACACACAAAACUACAAAGCUCGGCGAAUAAUGUCAACAGUUCAUUAUGCAUUUUAAUUUUUGAUGUUAAAUGGAUGAUUUGUCUCCUGUUGUUCAGUAUUAAAGUUAAAAGUUGAUAUUACAGUUGAUUUUCCUAUUCUUCUUUAGUCUUAAAGUUGCUUGCAUUUUCUAUAUAAUUGUCAAGUGGUAACAGUUAACAACCCCAUCCUAUAGGCCUAACUGCCAAAACAAGAAGAUGGCAAUUGUUCUGUAAAAAGUAAUUACUGUUACUCCAUGACAAGGUUUGUGCAUUUUCUACAAAUUAACCCACAACUUGUGCCAGCAUAUUUAAAACUCUUUGAAACCACGAAACGCUUCCAGUUAACAUACAAUGAAAGCCACUACAACUAGUCGGUUCAGUUAUGUACCCACUUAGUAUUAGUUACGUACUUUUCUAUUGAUGAUUUGUAUAACUCUUCGGUCUAUUUUGUCUACAUUAUGUUCCCAAAAAGGUCCUUCUGAAUAUUUGUUAAAUAUCAAACCACACAUUAAAGUGUUGCACUAAAAAUGUUUAUAUCGAGUGUUUCGUCGUUCUAUAAUUUAUUCCAACUUCUUCCUGUUAUAUCUUGUAUACAUGUUUUCUUCUUUACAUUUUCAACAUGGAUUAAUGGAUAAACCCUUUUUUUGGUCUUUGUAUUGCAAUAAAAAAUCCACAUAAAAAACAACAACAUGCACUAGUGUUACAUCUACUUUAUGUUUGUACACUCUCUUUUGACUCCAGUUUUAGUAAGAGAAUAAAAGAGUGGUGACGAGAUAUUGAACGGCCGUUUAAAACCGGCAGGGUUGU